AUGGCUUCCUCGGCCCGUAGCAGUCUGCUGCUGGCCGGCACCGUCGCCGUUGCCCUCCUGCCCUACCUCACCAUGGCCUACAGCAACUCGAGCCUCUCGACCGCCGACAUGCUGCGGGCUCAGCUGGCGCUCAUGAACGACCGCCCCGACGGCUGCCCGCCGUGCUUCAACUGCCUCUUGCCGGCCCAUACCUGCGCCCAAUACGCCGACUGCAACGAGUACAAUGGCAAAUGCCACUGCCCCGACGGAUUCGGCGGCGAUGACUGCCUUGAGCCACUGUGCGGCUCCCUUGGCCGCGGCAAGGAUCGGCCUAUGCGCUCUGGCAGCAGUUGUGAGUGUGAUCCAGGCUGGGCCGGCAUCAACUGCAACGUUUGCACCGAGAACAAGGCGUGCAACGCCCUUAUGGAGACGGGUGCUGGUGGUGUCUGCUAUCAGAAUGGCGAGGUUGUCAACUAUAACCACCAGAUCUGCGAUGUCACAAACAAGCAAAUCACGGGGCUGCUGGGCGAGCAGCGCCCGGAGGUCACCUUUACCUGCAAAAAGGAAGAGGCCACCUGCGACUUCCAAUUCUGGGUCGACGCCGUCGAGUCCUUCUACUGCCACCUCACCGAUUGCGACUCAGGCGCCGACUUCGGCGAAACAAAGAAUACGACCUCAUAUAAGUGUGAGCACAUCAGCUGUAGCUGCAUUCCCGGUCGCAUGCUGUGCGGCAAGGACGGCUCGAUCGACUUGUCCGACUUCCUGGAUCAGGCCAUUCAGGGCCCCGGUGGCUUUGCAUGCACUCAGCGGGGCGGCGGUUCUCACGACUGCGCCUUUACCGAGCCCGAAAUGGACAAGCUAAUUCACGAUCUCAUCGGAGAUUCCAGCAUUUUGCUCGACUGCCGCGCUGGCGAGUGCCUCUACGAGACAGAAGUGCCAGGCUAUCGGCGUCCAGUCAAGCAAAUCAACACGCCACUAAUAGCUGGCGUAAUUGCAGGCUGUGCCCUCUUUGUCGUCGCCGUGAUCGUCCUGACGUGGUUCCUUUCACGUCGCAAGCUCAAGUAUGGUGCUAUCCGCUUGGAGGACUCAGACGACGAGAGCACGAAGCUCAUGGCCGAUCACAAGCCCGCUGCCUUGUACUUUUCCAACGUCUCCUAUUCGCUCAACGGCAAGAGCAUUCUCUCCGGCAUACGUGGGAUCUGCCACCCGGGCGAGGUCACCGCCAUCAUGGGGGCGUCGGGGGCGGGAAAGACAAGCCUUCUUGAUAUCUUGGCACGAAAGAACAAGCGUGGUCUGGUCAGCGGCGACUUUUAUGUCAACGGCGAGAAGGUUGGCACCUCGGAGUACAAGAAAGUGGUGGGCUUCGUUGACCAAGAGGACACCAUGCUCCCAACGCUCACGGUUCACGAGACCAUCCUCAACAGCGCCCUGCUACGACUGCCACGCGACAUGGGUCGCGCGGCGAAGGAACAAAGGGUUUUGGAGGUGGAGAGGGAACUCGGAAUUCACCAUAUCCGCGACUCACUCAUCGGCUCUGAAGAGGGCAAAGGCCGCGGCAUCUCGGGCGGCGAGAAGCGUCGCGUGGGCAUAGCCUGUGAGCUCGUCACCAGCCCGUCCAUCUUGUUUCUGGAUGAACCGACGAGCGGUCUUGACGCAUACAACGCGUACAAUGUCGUCGAGUGUCUUGUCACCCUGGCCAAGACUUACAAGAGGACCGUCAUCUUUACCAUCCAUCAGCCGCGCUCCAACAUCGUUGCGCUUUUCGAUAGGCUCCUUCUGCUGGCGCAGGGAAAGACCGUCUACUCAGGCCCCUUCUCGCAUUGCCAAGCGUUCUUUGACUCGAUUGGUUACGAAUGCCCUCCUGGAUUUAACAUUGCCGAUUAUCUUGUCGACCUCACCAUGCACGCAGGAAGCAGCACCUCCGUUGACGAUGGCACUGUCGCUGCUGAUGUGUCGAGCCUAGGCCCCAGUAGUACCAGAGCCGUGAAAUCAAUAGCGAGCAUCUCCGGGGAAGACAGCAACGCGGAGCCUUCACAGUCACCGAGGCCAAGAAAUCUUCGUCGGGAUUCGGUUCGCGCCCGCCAGGAGCGAGAGCUUUUCACCAGGAGAAGGCAUGCGGUGGACACAGCAGCCUCUUCGGACGCCGGCGGUGAGGACGCCCUAGCCUACAGGCUCCAGACCAAUCCGCCCAACACCACGCAGUCCGGGCUUGAAGAGGAUCCUCACGACCUGCCACCGUCCGCCAUGACCGGCACAGACCUGGACCUGAUGACGCAGGCGUUUAGCCACUCUAAUAUUACCUCUGCCAUGCUUGCUGAGAUCCAUCAAGCCAUCUCAGCAGCAGGAGAGGCAAAUGGCGCCAACUCAAACGGCUAUGACACCGAUAGCCCCAUUGCUCUGAACAAAACUGCCAUGGGAAGGGGUUACGCCCGAGUUGGCUAUCUGCGACAGUUUCUGAUUCUUUCUCAGAGGACGUGGAAGAAUCUGUACAGAAACCCGAUGUUGAUGCUGACCCACUACGCCAUCGCCAUCAUACUAGCGGUCUUUUCUGGGUAUCUGUUCUACGGGCUCACGGACGACAUUCCGGGUUUCCAGAACCGCCUCGGCCUCUUCUUCUUCCUCCUUGCGCUCUUUGGGUUCAGCACACUUACCAGUCUGAAUGUCUUCGCUACCGAGCGCCUGCUCUUCGUGCGGGAGCGCGCAAACGGCUAUUACUCUCCGGCGACAUACUUCGCAGCCAAGGUUUUGUUUGAUAUCAUUCCACUGCGAAUUGUCCCGCCCAUUCUUAUGGGGUCCAUUGUGUAUCCCAUGACCGGGUUGGUUCCAGACUCGGCCCACUUCUUCAAGUUCAUCCUGGUGCUGGUCCUCUUCAAUCUGGCCGCCGCGGCGAUAUGCCUGUUCAUCGGCAUCGUAUGCAAAGACGGCAGCGUCGCCAACCUCAUUGGCAGCCUGGUUAUGCUUUUCAGCCUGCUCUUUGCCGGCUUUCUCCUCAAUCACGACGCCACGCCGGCCGGCGCUCUCUGGCUGCAAACGCUCUCUAUCUUCCAUUACGGAUUUGAGUCGCUCAUCGUCAAUGAGGUGGUUGAAUUAACACUAGUCGACAAAAAGUACGGACUGGAUAUUACCGUUCCAGGCGCGGCUAUUCUCAGCUCAUUCGGUUUCAACAAUAGCGCGCUGUGGACAGAUAUUCGGAACCUCGGUAUUUUCGCCGCUUCUUUCAUCCUUUUGGCUUAUGCAGCCAUGCACGUACUGCUUGUUGAGAAGCGAUAG